AAAAAAAAUAUAUAAAAAAUAAAUAUGUCAUAAUUAAAAAAUACAAGACCUCCAGUAAAAUAAACAAGAAAAGCCCGUUCCGAACUAACAGAAGAAUAAAAACAAGAAAUAAAAGAAGCUUUUGAUUUGUUUGAUACAGAUGGAACAGGCUAUAUAGAUGCUAAAGAAUUAAAAGUAGCAAUGCGUGCACUAGGAUUUGAGCCAAAAAAAGAAGAAAUAAAAAAAAUGAUUAAUGAAGUAGAUCGUGAAGGAAGAGGAGUUAUUGAAUUUUAAGAUUUCUUGGAUUUAAUGACAAUUAAAAUGGCCGAUAGAGAUCCUCGAGAGGAAAUAUUGAAAGCAUUUAGAUUAUUUGACGAUGAUUAAACAGGAAGAAUCUCUCUUAAAAACUUAAAAAGAGUUGCUAGAGAACUUGGAGAAGCUAUGACUGAAGAAGAAUUAUAAGAAAUGAUAGAUGAAGCUGAUAGAGAUGGAGACGGUGAAAUUAGUGAAGAAGAAUUCAUUAGAAUUAUGAAAAAAACUAAUUUGUUUUGAUUUUUUUUUCUUAUAUA